AUGUCUAUGUCGAGACUGGGAGGUGGUGCUAAGCACCGUCUCAUGUCGGAGAUGCAGGAACUCUCCAAGGAGAAAUGGGUGAACAUCGACUUGGUCAACGGUAACAUCCUUCGCUGGCGGCUCGGACUCAUUGUCCUCAAUAACGACAGUGCCUUCAAUGGAGGCUACUUUAAGGCUGAGAUGACUUUCACCGACGAAUAUCCCUACCAACCCCCGACUUUCCGAUUCCUAAUUCCUAUCCAUCACCCGAAUAUAUAUCCUGAUGGCAGACUAUGCAUCUCUAUUCUCCAUACUCCAGGUGAGGAUCUUACCUCGGGAGAGCAGGCCAGUGAGCGCUGGUCGCCUUUGCAAGGUGUGGAAUCGGUCCUCCGAUCCGUCCUCCUGCUCUUAGAUGACCCGGAGAUUAACUCUCCCGCAAAUGUGGAUGCCGGUGUGAUGUAUCGGGACCAUCGGGCCCUUUACAACGAAAAGGCCAAAGAAAUCGUGGAAAAGUCCAAGAACGACAUUCCAGCUGACUUUGUCAUGCCAACCACUCUUGAGCCCCCGGCCCCGCCAAAAUCUGCGGACGAUGACGCUGCAUUCUGGGCUGAAAGCGACGAGGAGCUCGACUUUGGAGGCAGUGAUACUGGUGACGACGAAGAGGUGGAAUUUGAUGAAGAUGGUGAGGAUGAAGAUGGCGAGGACGAAGAUGAGGACGGAGAAGAUGAAGGCGCAAGCGACGAAAACAGCAACUAG